CCUUCACUUUUUCUUUUCCACAUUCCACGUAUUACAUUCCACUAUCUUACGCCGCGUUCCAGCUACGCCCAUUUCAUCCAAUCAUCACCGUUCAUCCUCCUCACUCUACGGUUCAGAUAUUUUCACUUCCAACGCGGCGCACUUUAGCCAUCGCCAUCUACCUAAAAAGUGCUACUAUUAAAAUAUUUAAAUUUUUCGUCGGCCUCAAAAAAGCUCGAACUUUCUGACGACCACUUAGAACCUUACGAGCCAGAGAGUAGACUCUUCAUUUUUUUUUUUCUAACUUAAGUCUUACUUUAGGUAGGUAAAACCGAUUAGAAAUUGUGUACAGAUUUAGUAGUUGUUGCUAACGGGCGCCGGAUCGGUCGGAAAAACGAUGUGGAUUGUGAAUUUAUGUUGUUUGCCGGUCGUUGAUAACAUCCGAUCUAUAUAAUUGUACUAAUUUAUGAUGUGUUUGUUUAGGACAGUAUAAGAGAAGAAAUACUGUUGUUUUAGAGAUGUAUAUGCUUGCGUUGGAUAAGAUUGACUAGGUGAUCUACUAAUGAAACCAGCUGAAUUAGAAACCCUAACUUCAUUUUUUCUACUUUCUAAUUUUUACUUAUAGUGAAGAGAGGAAAGUGCUUUUAAUGGUGGUUUUGUAGUGAUAAUAUAGGGGGAGUGUGGUGUUUAGAGCUGGAAUUUGUGAAGGUUGUUGAUUUUAAGUAUUGAUUAUGGAGAAGAAUGAGGUUGUUAAGAGUGGUGAUGGGUUUAUUGAUAGGAGUAAAGUGAGGAUUUUACUGUGUGAUAAUGAUGCUAAGAGCUCGCAGGAAGUUUUUACGCUCUUGUGCAAGUGUUCUUAUCAAGUAACUUCAGUAAGGUCACCCAGACAGGUGAUUGAUGCACUGAAUGCUGAAGGACCUGAUAUCGAUAUCAUCCUUUCUGAAGUUGACAUUCCUAUGGCCAAAGGAUUCAAGAUGUUGAAAUACAUUAUGAGGGAUACAGAACUGCGGCGCAUACCUGUGAUCAUGAUGUCGUCACAAGAUGAAGUCUCUAUUGUCGUCAAGUGCCUCAAAUUCGGAGCAGCUGACUACCUUGUAAAGCCUCUCCGCACUAAUGAGCUGUUGAACUUGUGGACUCACAUGUGGAGAAGAAGGCAAAUGCUUGGACUAGCAGAGAAGAACAUCUUAAGUUAUGACUUUGAUUUGGUUGUAUCAGAUCCCAGUGAUCCUAAUACAACUAGCACAACUCUUUUCUCUGACGAUACUGAUGAUAAGUCCCGGAAGAGUGUUAAUCUGGAAGCAUGUCCCUCUAUUCAGCUAGAAGACGAGAUCAAUGCAGUCACCACUGCUGCUGCUGUAGAGACUGUGGCUGUGGUUCCAUUUCAGUGUCGGUAUAAUGUGCCAGGAACUUAUGAUCGCCAGACAGGACAAAUUUCUUCUUUUCCUAAGAAGAGUGAACUGAAGAUAGGUGAGUCCUCAGCUUUCUUUACCUACGUCAAAUCAGGCAUGCCUAAAAGCAAUGACCAAGGAACAAACUCUACCCAUGAAAAUGUGGCUCACCAAUCAAGGAUGGAAGAGAAGACUAAUGCAGCCAUAGAACAUUUAGAGAUUGAAAAUCAAAUGCAAGUUAAUGGCGAUGCAGUUGAAAAUCAUUCACAAGGUGAUGACUGUCCAAGUAGUAACAGUUUCCCAGACUCGUAUUCCAUGGAAAGGUCCUGUACUCCCCCUUUAUCACUAGACUUAACGCAACAAAGGAACUCAAAGAUGGAGGAGUUCUCGCAGGUGUACAUGCAUCCGCGCAAUGAAGCUCAGCGUGAUGCUGUGAAUUUUCAUGCUCAAACUGCUUAUUCCUAUUUUAUGUCUGGAGCAAUGAAUCAAGUCAUGAUGCCACCACCACCACAAAUGUAUCCGAAGAACAUGCAAGAUCUCCACAACCAUGCCAAUUCAGCUGUGUUACCUCAAUACAAUCAUAUGCCACCAUGUCCCCCUCAUAUGCAUGGGAUGGCAUCAUUUCCUUACUACCCUAUGGGCCUAUGCUUACAACCUGGUCAAAUGCCAGCACCGCAUCAGUGGCCUACGAUUGGAAAUUCGCCUUCGGCUGAAGGUAAGGGGAGCAAAGUUGAUCGUAGAAAGGCAGCACUGAUGAAGUUUAGACAGAAGAGAAAGGAAAGAUGUUUUGACAAGAAAAUCAGGUAUGUUAACCGAAAAAAACUGGCAGAACGGAGACCUCGUGUGAGAGGACAGUUUGUGAGGAAGGUCAAUGGUGUGAAUGUCGAUCUUAAUGGGCAUCCUGCUUCAGCAGAUUAUGAUGAUGAUGAAGAGGAGGAAGAGGAUGAGGAACAAACAGGAAAUUUUGAUUCACCUGAGGAUGAUCCAUCGAUGUGUCUAUGAUGAUUGCAAUCUUUUGGUAGUUUUCCCUGUCAUUUAAUGGCUUGUGUUCUCAGAAUUACCUGUGCUAGUGAGCUAUUAUACCUUGAGGAUGAAUGCAGAAAGACGCUUCAGUUUUGGUCAACAUGCCCACAAGUGGAGCAGGCUUGCUUUUUGACUUGCCAUCAGAGACUUGGUCUACAUGAUCAGUUGUGCAAUGAGAUAUUAAGAAAUCCUCCUGCUCCUACUGCUUUUCAGCAUCAUGUAACUAUGUGUUAGCAAGUUAAAAAUAUAUAAAGCUAAAAUCAAAAUUCUAGAGAAGCCGUCUGGACAGGAGAACUUAAUUGUGUUAUAGUGUCUCUGACUUUUCCCGUCUAAUGUCACUGCAAUUUAGGAUUGUUGAAUCUAUGUUGGAGUGAAGAAGCCAGAGCCUGUGAUUUCACAGUCAAGCAAGGUAAUGAGAUCGCAGUGACAUCUUUCUGGGAAUUGUUUUGAAUUUUACAAUAUAAAAAAAAUGGAGGCUGUAUGUUACAGAUA